GUCAAACUGGUCAAACUACAAGCCAAGCGAAAUUAGUUAUAGGUUAAUAAGAAUAAAUUAUAUAAAAAUACGUAAGAACUAAAUAAUGGCGCAAAGGUUUCCCGUACCCGUAGUAAAUCAAGGUCCUGGCGGUCCGCCUCCGCCUCAAAGAUAUCAACAGCAGCCUCCAAAUCAAGGAAUGAGGCAGUAUGGGCAACAAAACUUUCCACCCAGACCUGGAUAUAAUCCUCCACCUCCAAAUAUGCAAUCAAGUGGUGGUACAAUGAUCCAAAGACCUCCUGGGACCCCAUAUUCUCCUAUGCGUGGAGGACCUAUGCCCCCACAACAAGGAAGUAAAAGACCCACAGAUAACAGGAACCCCUUACAACAAAAAACUAAUGAUUAUCCUCAUGGAACGAGCAAGAAAAAGAAGAAAUUAGCGGACAAAAUUUUACCCCAAAAAGUAAGAGAUUUAGUUCCAGAAAGUCAGGCAUAUAUGGAUUUGUUGGCAUUUGAAAGAAAACUUGAUUCAACAAUUAUGAGAAAAAGACUAGAUAUUCAAGAAGCAUUAAAACGUCCAAUGAAACAAAAACGAAAGCUAAGAAUUUUUAUUUCUAAUACAUUCUAUCCUGCUAAGGAACCUCAACCCGAGGGGCCAGAAGGGCCUUGUCAGGAAGGUUCUGUAGCAUCUUGGGAACUUAGAGUAGAAGGUAGACUUUUAGAAGAUUCUAAAAAUGAUCCAAAUAAAGUUAAACGUAAAUUUUCAUCUUUCUUUAAGUCUUUGGUAAUUGAACUUGAUAAGGAACUCUAUGGACCUGAUAAUCAUUUAGUAGAAUGGCAUAGAACAUUGACUACACAAGAAACAGAUGGCUUUCAGGUAAAGAGACCUGGUGAUAAAAAUGUCCGCUGUACAAUCCUGUUACUACUUGAUUAUCAACCACUACAGUUUAAACUUGAUCCUAGACUGGCUCGUCUUCUUGGUGUGCAUACACAGACUAGGCCAGUCAUCAUUUCAGCUUUAUGGCAGUAUAUUAAAACGCAUCGCCUUCAGGAUUCUCAUGAACGUGAAUAUAUUGUAUGUGAUAAAUAUUUAGAACAAAUUUUCAACUGUACUCGUAUGAAAUUUGCUGAAAUUCCACAACGUUUGAAUCCAUUAUUACACCCACCAGAUCCAAUUGUUAUAAAUCAUGUCAUAUCUGUAGAAGGAGGUGCUGAAAGUAAACAAACUGCAUGUUAUGAUAUUGACGUUGAAGUAGACGAUACCCUGAAAACUCAAAUGAAUAAUUUCUUAUUAAGUACUGCCAGUCAACAAGAAAUUCAAGGUCUGGAUGCAAAAAUUCAUGAAACUGUAGAUACUAUCAACCAGUUAAAAACGAACAGGGAAUUUUUCCUUAGUUUUGCUAAGGAUCCACAACAGUUUAUCCAUAAAUGGAUCGUUUCUCAAACCAGAGAUCUUAAAACAAUGACGGAUGUUGUUGGAAAUCCAGAAGAAGAGAGAAGAUCUGACUUUUUUUAUCAACCAUGGGCGCAAGAAGCUGUUUGCAGAUAUUUCUACACAAAAGUUCAACAGAAAAGGGCAGAAUUGGAACAAGCUCUUGGUAUUCGUAAUAAUUAAGAUUAGUUUUAAUGAUAUUCAAAAAGUUAUUAGUUUUAAGUUGUGUACCCAUUUUAGUAAAACUUUUCUCCUGUAUCAAGAUGUGGCAAACUAAAUUGCGAAAAGUUUUAGUUUGGUUUAUAUCAUAAUGCAGACUUCUAAAUAAUAUAUCUUUAAUUAUUAUGGAAGCAGAAAAAUACUAGUUUUAGUUUUUAUUUUUAUUUUAAAUAUCAAAAGAAUUUUUUUUACAAAAUAUAACACUAUAAAUAAAAGAAGUAUUAAUAAAUCAUAUAAAAUUAUCAAGAAUUUUUUUUGCAGCAUUUAUCUAUAUAAGGUAACUGCACCAAUAAUUGACACUAUUAGAUGC